CAUAAAUACCUUUAUACAUUGCUCUUUUUUUUCCUUCAAAUGAACAGCUAAAUAACAAUGCAAAUCUCAGACUUUCUUAUUUAGCACAGUACAUGUUAGCAAUGGAAAACCUACAGACAAGUUUCUCCUUGGUUCAGUGCUCAAAUAAAAAACUGAACGGGAUGGAAGAUGAUGGUGGCCCGCCGGCGAAAAAAAUGAUGACGGACAUUCAUGCAAGUGGAAAAAUGAUGAUAAACAAAAUGCCAACAGUAAAAAAGGAACAUCUGGAUGACUAUGGGGAGUCGCCAAUGGAGACAGAUGGGGAGCAGAGCAAGCGACCCUGCGUCUCUGUGCCUGAACCUUUGCAUCUAAAUCCCAGUUUGAAGCACACAUUGGCCCAAUUUCACUUAAGUAGCCAGAGCUCUUUAGGUGGACCAGCAGCAUUUUCAGCUCGAUAUUCCCAAGAAAGCAUGUCACCCACGGUAUUUCUGCCCCUUCCAUCUCCUCAGGUUCUUCCGGGGCCACUACUUAUCCCUUCCGAUAGCUCCACAGAACUCACACAGACUGUGUUGGAAGGAGAAUCGAUUUCUUGUUUUCAAGUUGGAGGAGAGAAGAGACUUUGUUUGCCCCAAGUCUUAAAUUCUGUUCUCCGCGAAUUUUCACUCCAGCAAAUAAAUACAGUGUGUGAUGAAUUGUACAUUUAUUGUUCAAGGUGUUCUUCAGACCAGCUUCAUAUCUUAAAGGUCCUGGGAAUACUUCCAUUCAAUGCCCCAUCCUGCGGGCUGAUCACUUUAACGGAUGCACAACGGCUAUGUAAUGCUUUAUUGAGACCACGCACUUUCCCCCAAAAUGGUAGCAUACUUCCUGCUAAAGGCUCACUGGCCCAGUUAAAGGAAACUGGCAGUGCUUUUGAAGUGGAACAUGAAUGCCUUGGCAAAUGUCAGGGUCUAUUUGCACCCCAGUUUUAUGUUCAGCCCGACGCUCCAUGCAUUCAGUGUCUGGAGUGUUGCGGAAUGUUUGCACCCCAGACAUUUGUGAUGCAUUCCCACAGAUCACCUGACAAAAGGACUUGUCACUGGGGCUUUGAAUCAGCCAAAUGGCAUUGCUAUCUUCACGUGAACCAAAAAUACUUAGGGACCCCUGAAGAAAAGAAACUGAAGAUAAUUUUAGAAGAAAUGAAGGAGAAAUUUAGCAUAAGAAAUGGAAAGAGAACUCAAUCUAAGAUAGAUACACCGCCAGGAUUGGAAUUGCAAUCAUGGUAUCCUGUUAUAAAGCAGGAAGGUGAUCAGAUUUCUCAGACACAUUCGUUUUUACACCCCAGCUACUACUUAUAUAUGUGUGAUAAAGUGAUUGCCCCAAAUGUGUCACUCACGUCUGCUGUAUCCCAGUCUAAGGAAGUCGCAAAGACAGAAGCAAGUAGAUCUAUAUCAAGACCAUCAGAAAAGCCUCACAGUAGUGGGAAACAUCAGAAAAAAGUAUCUUAUCCAGAUGUCUCACUUGAGGAACAGGAGAAAAUGGAUUUAAAAACAAGUAGAGAAAUUUGUACUCGUUUAAAAGAUCCAUCCAUCUCAAAUAAUUCUGGUAACAAGAAAUUGGAGACUACCAGUUGCAGCUUAGUCAGAGAUUCAGGCAAGAUGGAAAGUAACCAUGAUACUCCAGCUUUAUCUUCACAUCUUGUCAAAGAUAUUAUUUGUGAGGAUGACAAAGGAAAAAUCAUGGAAGAAGUAAUGAGAACUUAUGUAAAACAACAGGAAAAACUGAGCUCUAUUUUGCAGAAGAAGCAACAACUUCAGAUGGAAGUUGAAAUGUUGAGUAGCUCUAAAGCUAUGAAGGAACUCACUGAGGAACAGCAAAAUUUACAGAAAGAGCUUGAAUCUUUGCAAAAUGAACAUACUCAAAGAAUGGAAGAAUUUUAUGUUGAACAGAAAGAUCUAGAGAAGAAGUUAGAGCAGGUAAUGAAGCAAAAAUGUACCUGUGACUCAAAUGUAGAAAAAGAUAAAGAGGCUGAAUAUGCAGCACAGUUGGCUGAACUGAGACAGAGAUUGGACCAUGCGGAGGCUGAUAGACAAGAACUCCAAGAUGAACUCAGACAGGAACGGGAGGCAAGACAGAAGUUAGAGUUGAUGAUAAAAGAUUUGAAACUGCAAAUUUUAAAAUCAUCAAAGAUUGUUAAAGAAUAGAAACCUUUAAGGAUAUUCAUUUGUGUGUUCUAAACAGGGUUUAUUUUGUUUAUUUUCUUUGGCAAUUGAAUUCUGAACAAUUUAUGUGCAUGAAAAUAACUUGAGAGUCUGUCAAUUUGUAGAACAGAGAAAGUGAAGAAUUAUAUAUUAGUACAAAACUUUUUACAUUUUCCAAAUGAAUGAAAAUGUAUGUUUGUACUUUUUCCCCUGACCAGCUUAGUAACAGUACUAUAUGGUUUCAUCUAGAAAAUAAUCUGCUUAUAUUUCUAGUACAAAUAUAACAGUUGUAUACUUUUAAAAAACUUCAUUGUAUGAUGGAAAAUAGUUGUCAAUAUUACUCAUAUUUCAGACACAAUUUUAGAUAUGGUGGUGAAUAUUCGAAUAUAUAGUCACCCAAGGGUCAAAUCAUCCAUUUUUAUCAUCGACACAAUCUUCUUUUUUAAGGUUGAUACAGUAUGUUUAUUAUAUAUAAAGUAUUCCCUUAUUUUGUUUAGGUU